UACCCGGUCGUAGGGCAGUCGUUCUUUCGCCGUUCCCUCGUUUAACGAAAUUAUUCCGUCGCUAGGAUUGCACCUCGCGCAUCCAAGGAUUGGCCACUCCUCGAGGACGUCUUUCGUCGUGCGGAUGCAGUUAUCCAGUGUGUCACCCUCAUGAGACGAGCCAAUUUUUCACGAGCAUCCAGAACACCUCGUGUCUCUAUCGUCGAAGGGGGUUUCGCGCGAAUGCGACGCGUUCACGAAAAGAGGAUCCGAUCGAUCGAUAAGCUCAGGAAGUGAGGCUACUUCAAUUUUCCCAACUAAGAAUACACCGGUGAAGUGUCAAUGUGAAGUGGUUGGAGUGGGCUGGAGUGGCGUUUCAGGGAGCGUCCUGAAUGAUGCUCAAUUGACGAGGACGACGCUAGGAAUGGCCCCAUACAGUUCUGUUUUCCUGGGUGUCUGGGGAGUCUUCGUUCUAACGUUGAUUCAAGAAUCCAAGCCAGUAAGCUGGGAAGAAUGGUGGACGUACGACGGUAUAUCGGGCCCUGCAUUUUGGGGACUUAUAAACCCGGAAUGGUCCCUUUGCAACAAGGGCAGAAGACAAUCGCCGGUGAAUUUGGAACCAACGCGUUUAUUAUUCGAUCCAAAUCUACUGCCACUUCACCUGGACAAACAUCGCGUAGGCGGCGUCCUAGCAAAUACGGGGCACAGCGUCGUCUUCACGGUAGACAACGACACACGGCAUCCGGUUAAUAUUUCCGGCGGUCCUCUGAGUUAUCGUUAUCAAUUCCACGAGAUUCAUCUCCAUUAUGGAUUGCACGAUCGUGCCGGCAGCGAACACACAGUGGACGGUUAUGCCUUCCCGGCUGAGAUUCAGAUAUUUGGCUUCAAUUCUCAGCUGUACAAUAAUUUCUCGGAUGCCCUCCAGCGCGCCCAGGGUAUCGUUGCCGUUUCCUUAUUGCUUCAGCUGGGAGACCUCUCGAAUCCGGAGCUAAGAAUAUUUACGGAGCAGCUCGCGAAAAUCAAGUACGGAGGGGAGACCAUGGAGAUUAAGCAUUUCGCCGUGCGAGAACUCCUGCCCGACACGAAACAUUAUAUGACGUAUGACGGUUCCACGACAAUGCCCGCCUGUCACGAAACCACCACGUGGAUCAUCCUGAAUAAGCCGAUAUACAUAACGAAGCAGCAGCUUCUCGUGCUGCGAAAACUCAUGCAGGGCGACGCCAGGCAUCCGAAGGCGCCGCUUGGUAAUAAUUUCAGACCUCCACAGGCUCUUCAUCAUCGUCCAGUAAGAACGAAUAUUGACUUCAGUGUUCAGGGCCCGAGAAACUGUCCGACGAUGAACAGGGACAUAUAUUACAAAGCGAACAGCUGGAAACAACCCUGAAGACCGACGAGAACCUCGUACGAUUCGCAGUACUACGCUUUUCCUCGAAGGAGCUGGGACUUCAUUGUAAAAAAAAUCGACAUAUCAACACGCGCGCGCGCGAUAAUCACGCGGAUCCGCGAGCGCCAAGGAUUCGCGGAUAUUCGCGAGAAAGAAGUCAAAUACUUGAAAAAAAAAAAUGGCAAAAAACUCCCCCCUACACGCAAUACAAUAUUUCUAUAACGAACAGCAACAAAGGAGACAGGUGAUAACACAUGAGCACGACGAGGG